AUGCAACCACUGGCGACAUUCGGCCCUCAUAACCACGACUGGCCUGCAUUCUGCCACGUAUGCGGAGACGCUAUAAUUCUAUACGAUCCAGAACUAUACGAAGAAUGUUGCCCGGAAUUGCAAUGUCGCCUGGAAGAAGAUGACUAUGUGUCUGGUCACCUAUCUGAGCUGGAGAAUAUGCACAUUCGCCAUUCUGACAUAUGGAGAGGUCUAUAUCGAGCAGGUAAGCAGCUCCCAAUUCCCAAAGCCGUUAUGGAUCAAGCCGACUGGACAGUUUGUUAUUCCCACGACGACGUUUAUCUCACAGGGGUUGGCGUUCACAUGCCGCCAGAUUAUGGGGUUUGGGCGGUCCUGCGAAACAGGAAUGAGUUUUGGAUCGGACCCCCGAGCACAGAUCCGGAGAAGUUCGUCGAGGGUUAUGAUGUAGAACUUGGGGAUAGUCCUCCGAGUUUCGAGGAUUCAAGUCCAUAUGGCUACCUGAUACAUGAGCGUUGUUGGGCAACGGCGACUCGGUUCCUGAAUAUCGAUCUGAUAUUGGCAAAUUUGGAUCUGUUUGUCAAAUAG